AUGACUGAGAGUAGCAGUCACAGAUAUCUUAGAACAUUGGUAUCGGGAAAGAAGAAACGAUUCGUACAGGAUGGAUUCAAUCUUGAUCUAUCAUAUAUCACCGAACGUAUUAUAGCCAUGGGUUAUCCAGCAGACAAUUCAUUGCACAAGAUGAUCAGGAAUGACAUUGACCACGUGUACAACUUCUUUGAGACCUACCACAAGGACCACUGGAAGAUCGUCAAUGUCGCCCAGGAGAUAUCAUACAGUCACACGAAGCUCUGCAACAACGUGCUGGUGCAUGGCUUUGAAGACCACACGCCCCCGCCCUUCCUCGUGCUGUUGCAGAUCAUCGAUGUCAUCCACGCUUGGCUGAGCGAGCAUGAGGAUAACGUCGUGGCGAUACAUUGCAAGGCGGGCAAGGGUCGCACGGGCACAUGCAUCGCUUCAUACCUGGCGCUCUUGACCAAAUUGAAUGAGCCCGACAUCUUUUAUGGAUCAGAUUCGAUACUUAGUACAACAGUCAACUUCUUUAGCAGCAUGCGUAGUAUCAGUGCUAGCUGCGUCAACGUACCAUCACAACGACGAUACAUUGGCUAUUACAUCUCCUACCUCAAAGGUGAGGUACCUCAAUCAGUCCUCCUGGCGCCACCCCAAUACCGUCUUUGCAACAUAGAGUUCCUCUUCUUCCCAUCCAACACCCUAUUGAUCACUUCAAUCGAGAUACAUAAUAGAUAUGAUCCAAGAGAUAAGAGGUUGCCAUUGAUACUGCAUGUUAACAACACUCAAUCAGUGUAUGUAUCAUUCAUUGGCUACACAGGGGCGACCUGUCCUGGCGACAAUGCCAUCGGAGCGUCAUGA